GUGCGUCUGACAGCGUUCUUUUACCGCAGCGGAGAGAGGCAGAAUGACCGGAACAUAAAGGACCGAGUCUGUACUCCAAACACAAGCCAAGACGAGAGAAAGAAAAUCAUUUAUACCUCACAUUUCUUCACACAAAUCCUUCUCUUGCAUCAGCUUGCUCUCACUUCAUCCUCCUCUGUUUGUCCUCGGUCUUUCAAUCCUCCCUUAGUCUCUCUCUCUCUCUCUCUCUCUCUCUCUCUCUCUCUCUCUCUCUCUCUCUCUCUCUCUCUCGGCCUCAUUUUCUAUUGCGACUAUGGAAACCGGGAGCCCGCGAAAAAUUCAGUUUACUGUCCCUCUCCUGGACUCUCAUUUGGACCCGGCAGCAGCUGAGCAGAUCAGGAGAAGGCGGCCAACUCCUGCAACGCUGGUAGCCUCCAGUGACCAGUCCUCUCCAGAAAUAGAUGAGGACCGCCUUCCCAACCAAUUAUACAAGCAAGCCCUGUUAAAUUCACCACGGCAGAGGCGGAAAGGAGUAAAAGGAACACCCACAAUGAAAGAGUUGCAGUUUCUGGUGGAACACCACCUGUACCGGCAGCAACAAGGUACUGCAGAUGACUCUUCUGAGAGCUGUUUGUCAGACCGCCCAAGCCCAGAGGCCACCCACAGUGGGGAGGAGCUUCCAGAGGAUGAUGGGAGUUGGAGUGCAGAAGACAAGCAGACAGCUGAGGCUUUUGAGAAACUGCGCUGCCAAAUGGACGAGUUUUCAAGGGUAAGCUUGUCAGAGGCAUCAGGAGGAACAGAGCCUGCUAUCCCUCAGGAAGAGACAGGCUCUACCACUGUUGCUCAGGCAACCACGGAACACCAAACACAAGCAGGACAGUCCUCAUCCACUGGGAGUCCAGCACCAACUGAAGUGUCGGACAUACAGCAGUGAGAAGUUGAUACACUUUGGUGACCAAAGGAUGCAUUAGAAUGAAAACACAGAAAGCCUACUGUACUCUGCCAGUGCAAGGAACAAGGCUAUCGACAAUCCGAAGACUUUUAUUAACUACUCAAGACAAGAAAAUUGAGAUUAAUUCUUGACAAAGGCAAAUUCAUUAUUUCAUUUUUUUCCUAUUAUUUCAUUAUGGUACCAACUUCUUAUAGAAAUAGUGAAGCAAACUAUUUCUAUAAGAUUUAAUAUCCAUUCUCUGGUGGGGUGUGUGUGUGUGUGGGGGGGGAUGUUUUGCAGGGGGGAUAAACACCAGAGUAACUUGCAUAUUUGGCAUUUUGUGUUCUCUCUGGAAGUUUAACUCUUGACCCUGGAGGUUUAACUCUUGACCCCGGUGUUGAUAGUACCUUGCUCCACCUGCUCUGCCAGGUGAGGUACAGGGACUAAAUUGGUAUGAAACGUCAGGUUAUAGAUCCGCAUCAUUAUAGCACUUUACAUAUCAAUAGUCAAUUCUAACCCUUCUAGACUAUCAUUAACUACUCUGAUGUUGUAGAGGCAACGUAUGUUUCAUCUAAGCUUACUGUUUCAUUUAGAUGGCAUAGACUAAUAGUAUAGACUACUAGCAUAGGUUACUGCCAUAGGAUACUACAGGUAAUCAUGGUUUUAUCAAAUCAUUAAAAUUGGGAAGAACACUUAUCUAUCUGUCUGACCAACAAGUUCUGGACUGAGAUUUCUUUUUCACCAUGUUUAGAUCUCAGCAAUGUCAGGCAUCCCUUCUGCUGUUAGAGAAGGACAGUAUAGGACUAAACAACAGUCUCAAUUGAUUGUGGCUCAAACCUUGAAUGAGAUCUUUAAUGCUUUCUUAGAAUUGUGCAGUAUAGAAUAAUGCUUUUGUGUAACUAAAUUUAAAAAGUCCGCCUUUUCUGAUAUUUUACCCCAAAAGGUUUUGGACCUCUUUGAGCGAACCUAUAUUAACUCAUUUUUAAAUGCCACAGUAUGUAAAUUCCUUAGAGUAAAUGCCAUUAUGUGGAAAAAAGCCCUGAUGGCAAUAGCCAUUGGACACUCAUCAACAGUGCGCACUGUAUCACUGUACCCAAUAUUUGUGUGGGCUUGGAUUAAAAAACCUUCAUUCA